UGUAAACAAAUGGCUUAAUCCAACUAAAAACUUCAAUAAGCCCAUAAAUAUACAUAUACAUACAAACCCACGAAAAACCACCACGUCCGGAAAAACAAAACCCCCAAAUUCCGCCAUGUCAACAACAACCAUCAGUCGUCUCCGAUCACUUUUACAACCCAAAAACAUCAGUCGUUUCAUUUCAUCGUCAUCAUCAUCAUCCGUUGAAAAAAGUAGUUUAAUAUAUCAACAAACUCUAAAAACACAACGCCCACUCACAAUCCAAUUUCAAAAAAAAUUAUUAAAUUCCGUCUCUUUUAUCGGGACAAUUAUAUCUCCAAUUAAAUCCUACACUAGAGAAGGCGGUGCCCUUGUUGCUCAUACCCAGCUCAAAGUCCAGUCACCAGAUGGGCCCAAUAAAUUUCUCACGAUAUUUUUGGACAUGUGGGAUGAUAUGGCGGAGUUAUCUAUACAACAUAUAAAACCAAAUGAUUGUAUAUAUGUUUCAGGGUAUUUAAGGUCAUCCACUAUAACUUGUGACGAUGGAAGCACCAAACUGAAAAACAAGGUUAUAGUGAAAGAAAUCAACUAUGUUGCAAAUAACAAUCAACAGUGUCAGAACAUAGAAGAUCAAAGAGAAUCAGCUUUAGAAAGACAAAGAAAGCGUCUUUAUCUAUGGCAAGUGUUCUUUGCAAAUCCAUACGAGUGGAAGGAUUUAAGAAAGUGUAAGGCUAAUCCAAGAGAACCCGAUUUCAGGCACAAAGGUAGUGGUGAAGCCCUUUGGCUUAACCCACAUGAUCCACCAUGGGUUAAAAGACAGCUAGAACUGCAGGAUUCUAGAAUGUGUAGCAUGGGUUCUCACUCUUUCGCAUCAGAUGAACCAUUUAAAUCUUUUGCGUCAGUGUUAUAAUGACAUUUGAAUAGUUAACUGAACUGGAUAGUAGUCACAAAGACUCAAAGAGCGCCUUGAAUUGGUCAUGGGCUUAAGUGCAAAGUAAGCAAUACAUGGUAUAAGCCUCUAUAGAAAAGAUAUCGUUUGGAGUUAAAUAUGUACAUAAACUAUACAUUUUCUGUAAACUCAACCAGUUAUUCGAAUUAUCGGUAUCUUGGUUGCUUUGCGAUCCUGGUUUGGAUCAUAACAGAUGAGGAGGCACCUGGGCUAAUAUUGGAGCUUUCAAAUCUUAAUUGACAAUUAGUAGGAGUUAAGAUAUUGAAACGAGUUAUUACA